AUGGCGCUCAAUGCGUCGUCCCACAAUGUAACUGGAGAGAAGACCACACCCAACACGACCGCCCCUCCGCCUUUGGGUGAAGACAGCAAAAACGCCAUACUCGCCCACGCCAAUGCGGAAGGAACAGGCCAAUCGGCGCCAGGCCAGGCGGCGCCCAGUGAAGGCGGCGAGAAAAAUGCUGAGGGCAAAGUGAAGACAGCCAAGGAAUUGGAGAAAGAAAGAAAGAAGGCGGAGAAGGAUGCUAAGUUCCAGGCAAAGAAAGCACAGGCUGCGAGCAAGGGUGCUGGAGGAGGCGCUGCGCCCAAGGAAAAGAAGAAGAAGGAGGCCAAGGCGGAACUUCCAGAAUACGUUGAGCAGACACCCGCCGGCGAGAAGAAGAUCCUCGGCAGCCUCGAAGAUCCUCACCGGACGGCCUAUGUCCCCAAAGUCGUCGAGAGCGCGUGGUAUGACUGGUGGGAGAAGGAGGGCUUCUUCAAGCCAGAAUAUACUACGCCGGGCUACAAGGACGCAAAGGUCAAUUCCAAGGGCACUUUUGUCAUUCCAAUUCCUCCUCCGAACGUCACCGGCAAGCUCCAUUGUGGACACGCCCUCGCGACUUCGCUCCAAGACCUACUCAUCCGAUGGCACCGUAUGCGCGGCUACACCACGGCGUACAUUCCCGGUUGCGACCAUGCCGGUAUCUCCACACAGAGCGUCGUCGAGAACAUGCUAUGGCGGCGAGAGAAGAAGACGAGGCACGAUCUCGGACGACCCGCUUUCCUCGAGCGCACUCACGAGUGGAAGGAGGAGUAUCACCAGUCAAUAACGGGUGUCCUGAAGCGAAUGGGCGGUUCAAUGGACUGGACGAGAGAAGCUUUUACUAUGGACAAGAACUUGUCCGCUGCGGUAACGGAGACCUUUGUUCGCCUCCAUGAGGAGGGUCUCAUCUAUCGUUCCGGUCGUUUGGUCAAUUGGUGUACCCGUCUCAACACUGCUUUGUCCAAUCUCGAAGUAGAUAAUAAGGAGUUGAACGGACGGACACUGCUGGAUGUGCCUGGUUAUGAGAGAAAAGUCGAGUUCGGUGUCUUGACUCACUUCAAAUACCCCAUCGAGGGAACCGACGAGUUCAUCGAGGUUGCUACGACACGUCCGGAGACGAUGCUUGGCGACUCUGGUAUUGCUGUGAACCCCAAAGACGAGCGUUACAAGCACCUUGUUGGCAAGCAUGCCAAGCAUCCUUUCGUUGACCGUCUCUUGCCCAUUUUUGCGGACGACUACGUAGACAAGGACUUUGGUACUGGAGCUGUCAAGAUCACACCCGCCCACGAUCCGAAUGAUUUCAAGAUGGGUACUGAUCACAAGCUCGAGUUUAUCAACAUCCUGACGGACGAUGGACUGAUGAACCAAAACGCGGGUCAAUUCGCGGGUCAGAAGCGUUUCGAUGUGCGAUAUUCCGUCAUUGAAGAGCUUACAAAACUGGGUCUGUUUGUGAAGAAGGAGGACAACCCCAUGAAGGUUCCGCUCUGCUCCAAGUCAAAGGACGUCAUCGAGCCGCUGAUGAAGCCUCAAUGGUGGAUGAAGAUGGAGGGUCUGGCUAAGCCGGCUGUGGAGGCUGUGGAGCGGGGUGACAUCAAGAUCCGACCCGCAAACUCAGAGAAGAUCUACAAGCACUGGCUGAAUAACAUCAACGACUGGUGCCUGUCGAGACAGCUCUGGUGGGGUCAUCAGAUUCCAGCUUACUUCGUCCGUCUAGAAGGCAAAGGUGGUGACUCAACUGACAACGACCUGUGGGUGACUGGGCGCACCGAGGAGGAGGCCCGACAAAAAGCUGAGAAGAAGUUCGCUGGUCAGAAAUUUACUCUCGAGCGCGACGAAGAUGUGCUGGACACAUGGUUUUCUUCUGGGCUUUGGCCCUUCAGCACCCUUGGAUGGCCGAACGAUACCCUGGAUAUGCGAAAUCUGUUCCCCACAUCGCUCUUGGAGACUGGAUGGGAUAUCCUAUUCUUUUGGGUCGCAAGGAUGAUUAUGUUCUCUCUCCAUCUCACCGGCAAAAUCCCUUUCAAUGAGGUUUACUGUCAUUCGCUCAUUCGUGACAGUGAAGGCAGAAAAAUGAGCAAGUCGCUUGGCAACGUAGUCGAUCCGAUUGAUAUAAUGCACGGCAUCUCCCUUCAAGAAUUGAACGAUAAACUUCGUAUGGGUAACCUAGACCCCAAGGAGCUCAAGACGGCCGAAAAGUAUCAAAAAACCGCUUUCCCGCAGGGCAUUCCCGAAUGCGGCGCUGACGCCCUUCGAAUGUCACUCAUCGGCUACACGACUGGCGGUGGCGACAUCGCUUUCGAUGUCAACACCAUCCACGGAUAUAGACGCUUCUGCAACAAGAUAUAUCAAGCUACGAAAUACGUUCUCGGUAGACUUCCGGACUUCAAACCCCGUUCCAAGGUCGUCAAGGGUGGCAAGGAGUCACUACCUGAGAGGUGGAUACUUCACAAACUCACGACCAGCGCGAAGAAGAUCAAUGAGCAUCUCGAGAAGCGUGAAUUUUCGCUCUCCACACAGGUUGCCUACAAGUACUUCUACCAGCAUCUUUGCGAUACCUACAUCGAGAACUCAAAAGCGAUCUUUGAUGAGGGAAGUGAAGAAGAGAAGGAGAGUGCGAAGCAGACCUUGUACACGGCUAUUGAGGGCGGUCUGCUGUUGAUUCACCCGUACAUGCCUUUCCUCACUGAAGAAUUAUGGCAGCGUCUACCCCGGAGAGAAGGAGACAAGACGCCUUCCAUCACUAUCGCCUCAUACCCCGAAUUUGUGCCGGAGUUUGAGGAUGAAGCUGCAGACCGCGAGUACGAGCUCCUUGUGGGAUGCUCGGGAGGACUCCGCUCCCUCACCAGCGAGUACGGCAUUAAGACUGAGGGCUCAACCUUCGUACAGCCGCUUGACUCUGCCACUCACGACGUCCUUGCUUUACCGACAUCCCUCCCAUCCCUCCGUUCCCUCACUGGCAAGACCGUCUCCCAGAUUUCCAUCCUUUCUCCCUCCGACGCCGCACCUACCGGCUGCGCCGUAUACACUGUCGGUUCAUCAGCAACCGUCUACCUUGACGUCAAGGGCCGCAUAGAGAUCGACAAGGAGAUCACCAAGGCGCAGGACCGCCUCAAGAAGGCGAACGAGACCGUCGAGCGGCAGAAGAAGAUCAUGGGCGUGGACAAUUGGGAGGAGAAGGCGAACGACGUGGUUAAGGAGGCGGAGAGGGAGAAGUUGAAGGCUGCAGAGGUGGAUGGCGCGAAUUGGCAGAAGACGCUUGAGCAGUUUGAGAAGCUGAAGCUUGAGGGUUAG